AUUUGAAUUGAAGCCAUACUGCAAGCUAGUGGCUACCACCCAUUCCUCUGCCUUCGCAGUUGCGCACAAACACACUCUCACAGGAGAGGGGGAGAGAAUGGCAAUAACUCUUUUUUCAGUUCCAACACCUCACCAAUCCCUUUGCACUCGACGCUCAUUUACUAGCUGCAACUCAAGGUUUCAUAGCUCUACAACAACUCUCAUUCAGUACCCAUCUAAGUCUAACAUCAUCCUUCUUUCUUCUUCUUCCUCUUCUUCUUCAAUUACUUCUGUUGUAGAGGAUGGUCCCCCUCCUCCAUCAGAUGCUCUUCCUGCAACCGAUGAUGUCGACAAGCUUCCUCUCAGUGGUUGUAAGGGCUGUGGGAGAGAGGAAAUAGAGAAGGGAUGCAAUGGAGAGGGAAGAAUUCAAGGUGGGAUCGCAACAGUUCCAGGGUUUGGUUGGUGGCCAAUAAAAGCUUACAGGCCCUGUCCUGGAUUUUUAGCAUCCGGUGGAAGGUAUAGGCGACAAGGGCAAAGCAUGGACGAGGUUGCCUUCGGAAGGGGAGGGGAAAAAACUCCGGUAGUGAUCAGUGACGAGGGCGAGACCAGGUAAAUCUGAGCACAGUUUUACCUGAGCAAUCGGGCAUCCUGCUAAUCACUUCUGGAAAUUUUACCUAAACAAGCUGUCCUGGAUUUUAUGCGUAUAAUUGGAUGAGCUGGCCAAGUAUGAUUGUAGUUACUAUAUGUACUGUCUGGUCAUUUUUCACUUUAACUAUAAUCAAAGCCAUAGACCAGCAUACUAUCGUAUCCCAUGUAAAGUUUUUGAAGUCUACAUUACAUUUAAAAUGUCUUCAACCAGAUGUAUUUAUACAUAUUAAAUUAUGUUACAAUCUUCAAUCA